UGAUAGUCCUGUAUUCAAGUAUCACUCUCAUACUUGUGGUUGUGUAUUCAUUGUAUUACUAUGUAACUAAGAAUCACGAUUAUUGGAAGAAGAGGAGGGUGCCCUAUAUAAAACCCACACUAUGGUUCGGAAAUUACAUGAAUUAUAUUUUAUUUAGAAGAAAUUUGCCGAAGGUCACGCAGGAUAUAUGCAGGAAAUUUCCAAACGAGCCCUACGUCGGAGUCUUCUAUGGCACGGAUCCCGCUCUCAUCAUCAAAGACCCUGACCUUAUCAAACUCGUGAUGGCAAAAGAUUUUUGUUACUUCAGCCAUAGAGAGGUAUCACAGCACCUACACAAGGAGUUAAUUACGCAGAAUAUGUUCUUCAAUGGAGGUGACACGUGGAAAGUUCUACGUCAAAAUUUAACGGCUCUCUUUUCAUCCGCCAAAAUAAAAAAUAUGUUUCCUUUAAUUCAAUCUUGUGCUAGUGCUUUGGAAGACGCUCUGAGUAAAGAAAUAACCAAUCAAAAUACAGUCGAGAUUAAGUCUCUUUUAGCGAGAUACACAAUGGACUGCAUUGGAUCUUGUGCUUUUGGUGUAAAUACUGGUACGUUAACGAACAAAUCACCGACUAACCCGUUCACAAUAAUGGGCGAAAAAUUAUUUGAUGUUUCAAACUAUGGAGGAUUUCGAUUGGUCAGCCGUGCGAUGUGGCCCUCCCUCUUUUACAAAUUAGGGUUCACACUGUUCGAAAGUGAUAUACAGAUUUUUUUCCAAAAAUUACUAACCGAAGUUUUUGAAAGCCGAAAUUACAAGGAAUCGGCGAGGAAUGAUUUCGUUGAUCUUAUUUUGGGUUGGAAGAAAAAGACAUAUUUGUGUGGCGACAGCAUAACUAACUUCAAUACUGGAGCUAAGACAACAAUAAGCCUGAAUGUAGAUGACAAUUUACUGAUCGGUCAGUGCACACUCUUCUUUGCUGCGGGAUUCGAAACGACAUCGACUACGACAAGCUUUUUACUUUACGAACUAGCAAAGAGAAAAGAUGCUCAGACCCGUGUGCUUGAAGAAAUCGACGACUAUUACCAAAGACACGACGGCAAGAUACAAUAUGAGUGUAUCAAUGAGAUGCCAUUUGUCCAAGCGUGCAUCGACGAAACGCUUCGUAUUUACCCAGUUCUGGGUAACCUUACUCGCGAAGUUGGCGAAACCUACACUCUUCCCACAGGUCUAUGUUUAGAGAAAGGCACGCGAGUUCAUAUACCUGUCUAUAAUUUGCAUCAUGACCCAGAUAACUUUCCGGACCCUGAAGAAUUUCGCCCAGAACGGUUCUUGGGUGAUGAAAAAAAGAACGUAAAACCGUUCACCUAUAUGCCUUUCGGUGAAGGACCUCGAAUAUGUAUAGGAAUGCGGUUCUCCAAGAUGCCGAUAUUUGCGGGUCUCCUCACUAUGUUGAAGAACCAUAGUGUCGAGCUGGCUAAGGGCAUGCCUCGCACUGUUGACUUUGAACCCCGAGCCCUCGUAACUCAGGCGAUGGGAGGAAUUAAUAUUAAGUUUAAACGUCGUAAGGCAUAAAUUACGUACAAAAGAAAUCAGCCUUCUUUAUAUAAGAGCUUAUUUUAAUAUCAGAAUGAUUACGUUCAUUUAUUUUUAUUGCUAUUUUUGUUAAUAGUCAGUGUUCAAAAUUUAGUAACACUAAAAUUCGUCGAUAGCUACGAAACUAAAACAAUAACGUUUAUCAAGCAAAUGAACUAAUUGUAUUCUGUUUGUGUACCUAUGAAUAAAUAAAUAAAUAAAUGAAUGGAUAGAUGGGUGGAUGGAUGGGUGAACGAAUGAACGAAUGUAUGAAUGAAUGAAUAAAUAAGUAAAUAAAUAAAUAAAUACUGAUGUACAUAAAGUUCGAACUCCUAUUAAUAGUUUUUGAUAAUAAAGUCGCGUGGGUCAAACGAUACUUGACGUAAACACUAAACAUUGCAUCUGUAAUUCAUUUGCCUGCUCUACUAAUAUAUAAGAACUCGCCUCGUAUACAGUUAUAUCAUAAUUUUACAUAACACUUGCUAUGAUAUCACAAUUAUUAUUUUCGUUGAGUUUCAACUCUGUUCCUACCGAAUAGUUAGCGAGGUAAUAUAAAGUCGAUCAAUUUAAGUUCAACUUAAACUUAUCAUAUCUAAAUCUAUUUCGGUAUUUAUAAUAAUUUUAGUUGUCUUUUUAUAUAAUUUGCUAGAUUCAAGCUUAUAUACCAAUGGUAUAGCAGCUUCCUUGGUAAGACUUAGUGCAGGCCCGUGUGGGAAAGUACCACCACUGAUCCGAUAUUCUACCGCCUAACGGCUAUACUUAGUAAUGUUGUGUUUCGGGUUGAAAGGUGAGUGAGCCAAUUAAUAAACAUUUAAUAUAAUUUCGAUAAGCUUAAAUACCUGUAUGUGAGUUUGGUGGUCUGACUGUCAAAUAGGUCAGCAUUGGCCAUAAAUAUUGGAACUUCAUAUUAAUCAUUCUUAAUAUUAAACCAAAGAGCCAUCAAUAUUGGGAGCUAAGAAGUCCAUUGUGACUAUUUUGUAACAAUUGUUAAGUACACUGGCUCAUUCACUUAUCAACCCAGAACACAACAAAAAUAAUUUUAU